UUUGUUUUGUUGUAUGUUUUUGAUUUGAAACUGUUUUCGUAAAUUAUCACUUAAAUGCAGUUUAAAUAAUGAUUAUGUGCAUAAAAAAAAAUCUAUAAUUACAUAAAGUAUGUGUCCAUCCAUUGAGCAGCCAUGAAAAUCCCCUUUUUUGUGCUAAAUUAAUAUAACUUUCUAUUUUGUGAACGCCGUGAAAAAUUCUUCUAAAAUGGAAAACAAGCACACUGUUGUUGAUAAAUUGCUGUGCAUGGCGUGUCUGUGUGUGGGCAGGACCCUGCAGAAAGUUACUGACGAGAGAAUGAAGCGGUUUUACUUGGACACCUUAAAUGAAAUUCCUCUAUGUGAUGUGCCCCAAGUGUGUCCAAACAUUUGUUGGGAGUGUGAGGCUCUGCUGCGGAAAGUGGUUUGUUUCAAGGAACAAGUAAUGGACUCUUACAGGAUUCUCCAAACUUAUACUAACGAGAACCUGUAUGAAUGCCUGCUGACGGAUAUAAGCCGCCCCCCGCGGCUGCUAGUCAGAGUCAACAGCCCUGUGAACGUAGCCCCGGACUUGGAGGAGAAGCCAAACGUACAGAAGGACGUUCAGCUCACUGUGUAUGUUAAAGAUGAGGUUAAGAUUGACUGGGACGAUGAUAGAGAUGACCUGGACAUAACACCGGCUGAACUCGAGGACCCAGUGGUGGACGAACCAUUGGACAUUAAAAUAGUGAAGACUGAGACUGGGAAGAAACGGAAAAAGAAAGUGAAGAAGACUAGUUUGAAAAAUAAAACUAAGAGGAAUAAACAAAAAUCCGACGGCAAAAUAAUAACCAUAGAGCUAUCCUACGAGGAAAUGUUAGCGGAGCGCGAGAGAGAGGCGACCAGAGACAACUACCUGAAGGCCCAGUACAGAUGUACUACAUGUAUUAUAGGAUAUAACUAUAUCAAGUCGUAUGAGGCACAUAUGACGAAUAAGCAUUCUAGUUGUUUAGGUGAAUACAGCUGUCCGAUAUGUCAAACUGUCAUCUCGUCAGUGGACUCGUUUACCGCGCACUACAAGAGACACAUGAGAAGGUAUGAAUGCAGUAUAUGCCAUAAACGCACAUUGGACAUGAAAGUAAUGCAGCAACAUUACUAUUCGACGCAUGAAAUAUCACUCAAACAGUACAAGUGUAAUAUCUGCGGGAAAAUAUCCAAUUCCAUAGAUUCCCACCGGUACCACAAGGACACGCACAAGGCGCGGGUGCAGUGUCCCGAGUGCGACAAGAACUUCAGCCACAGAGCCGGCCUCAUGAACCAUCGCCUGUGAGUACAC